UACAACCAAAUCUGUGGGCUGCCAGAAUAUUCACGCAUGUCCAUGAUCCAGCAACAAUCUUGAGUGGAAGCUAGUCAGCCUCCAAUGAAAACAGUAAAAUGAGUCUUUUUUUCUUUCUAUAAAAAGGUUACUAAUGGAUAAGAACAAGUAACAGGUAAGGCGGCAUACUUCCACCGUCAUCACAUCCUCUUUUAAUUGGAAUUUGGAGCAAAAUAUUUCUAACAUAAAAUAUUCUCUGCGUGUUGGGAGCAAGAAAUUGGUGCGUUUUGAGCAGAGAUGGGUUCUUUAAUGGCCGGAUGGGACUCACGCGUCCGUGAUCCUAAAGCUGAGACAUAUCAGAGGAACAGAUCAUUCACCAAAGGCGAGAUCGACGCUUACUGGCGAACAAAGAAGAAAAUAGAGGAAGAACAUCUGAAAGCCAUUUCUGACACAUCAGAUGGCAGUCAGGAAAGCACCUUCAAAGAGGAGUCUGCAGGAAUAAAACUUCAGAGGUCAAGUUCCUUGCCCCUAGCCAACACAAAGGAGCGGUUCAUGGAAAAUAUCAUUGAAACUGGAACAGACUUGGAGAAGCUUUUACAGAAAAAUGGCUGGUGGACAAGGAGCAACUGGGCAUAUCUGAAUGAACCUCCAGUAAUCGGACCGGAAGGCGCCUCCCACAAGUUCGCAGCUCAGUUCCAUGUCGCUGGCUUGUCUGCCUCCAAGGCAAACCCCCGUGCUGAGAUCACUACAUGAUCUACUUGAAGUUUCCCCGCCGACUUCCAACUUGGGGAAAUGUUUGUACAUAUUUGUGUUCAAGGGUUUCGAACUACAAGUCUCUGAUGUUGUAGCUAUAAAUUAAAGCCAUGAACCACUUCAGUCAGGGGAUGUAAAUGCAUAAGAGUCGAUGAUGUGUGUGGGGGAUUUACUUGUGUUACUAAUUUUGGAUGUGUAUGUAAUAGUAAUCAAAUGAUGACAACAUUUUGUGUUUGAAAUAUAGGAAAUUUGGUGGGGUGUUGAGUGGAAUGUAUUGUUGGUCCAUGUGUGUAGUUUUAUGAUCGAGUUCAAUAUUAAUUAAUUUGAUAUCUAAGAUAUCGUUUA